AUGGCUCAAAGUGCAGGCGACAAAGCCAUGACUGACAUAUCAACGACUGUGACGUCUCCAAGCACUAACGAUGACACUAAUCGGCCACGUCCUCGCUCAUCCAUGAAUCGUCGAAGUGUUUUGCCCGUUUUGCAAUUUUGGAAAGCUUUUGAUCUUGAUAGUAAGCGAGUAUUACUCGAUUCUCAAGGAAGUACCAUGAAGAGUGAUAAAGAAGCCAGUGUACGAUCUCGGAAGAAGCUGGCAGAGAUUACAAAGCAAUUUAGAAGACUUGCUUCUGAUACUGAUAAGGCAGCAGGAGCUGGAUCACUAUUAAAGGCUUAUCAGGAAGAGAUUGACCAUUUAACACGUCGUGCCAAGUUUUCAGAGAAUGCUUUUUUCCAGCUAUACAAAGGACUUUAUGCUGCCCCGGAUCCAGCUCCAGCUUUAUCACUUGCAGCUUCAACUUUAGAAACUGAUGAGGUCAUGGAGGAAAACAGGCAGUUGCAACAAGAACUGAAGGAAUACGAAGCAGAAUUUGUGACGCUGAAAAAUCAGGAUAUCACGAUUCGGAACCUGGAAGAACAAGUUGCUGUUGCUGCUAGAGAAAUGGAAGAGACGGUACAUCAACAAGUGGAACAACGGACGAGUGAAUUGGACAAACAAUUGGAAAAUGUGCAACUGGAAUUGGCACGGCAGCGGUGUGAAUACGAACGUCAACUAGAAGCUUCACGCACUGAGUUGCGUGAAGCAUUUGCAAGACUAGAUGCGAUGCAGUCAGAGUUGUUUGCACACAAACAGCGCUUCGGACUUGCACGUAAUGCAUUAGACGCCGAGAUGGAAGCUAUCUCGCAGGAUUCAUUUGUAUUGCAAACGCUACAGUUGGAGAAUGCUCAGCUUAAGAAACAACUUGAUGAGUUACUUGGUUCUUCAAAGACUUUGGGAAUCAGUGAGGGACGCUUCUUGGCGCCUUCAAGUGCUGAUACAGAAGGAGAAGAGAUCGUCCAGUCGGCAAGAGAGACGCUAGCGAAACAAGAUACAAUUGUUGCGGCGCUACGCCAGGAGGUAGUCCGUCUCAAGGAGGCCAACGCGACGGUAAGUGCAGCUGCAGCUGAAGAAUCGAAGAAACUGAAUAGCGCACUAGAGAAUGCCCAGCGAGUGACAAAGGAUUUGGAAGCGCAACUGAUAGCGCGCCCGACAAUCGAAAAAUUCCAUGAAAUGACCCACAAAUUGCAUGUCUUGCAGCAGUUGGAGUACAAUAUUGUCGAUGACGACGACGAAAGAAGUAAAGCGUCUUAUGUGAACGAAGCGGAAGACAGUGAAGGUGCAGGUGAAGUGGAGGCGGCUACAGUUGAAGUGGAAAAAAUAUUGGUGUUUCGUGUACGCCGCUUAGAGCACUCACUUCAAGAAUGCGAACGGUCGCUACAAGCUCGGACGUCAACAUUGGAAAAGGCUCAGGAUGAUCUUCAUAACCGUGAUGUUACAAUCCGAGAACAGGCGACGCUUAUUUGUAACCUCGAGGAGAAUGUCGCUGCCCUUGAGAAAGAUCGACGAAACCGAGGGUCGGGUGUAAUCGGCGGUGACAUUGGCUCAGAAAUUCUCUUGGAUGCUAUAGAGGACCACUUUACUGGGACUUCAGCUUUUGCUUAUGGCAACAAGGCAGCAGCAGCAGCAUCAACCGACGCUGCAACUUGGGACUCUGUCGCAUCGUCAGAUAACAAGAUGCUGGAGAUUGUUCGUGGUCAACGUGAUCGUUUCCGCGAGCGCAUGAAAGAACUUCAAAGCGAGAAGAACCGCGUGGAAGAGCUCGCACAGUCGUACAAGAGCACGGUGACGCGUCUCGAGACAGACAACAUGCAGUUGUAUCAGAAAAUACGCUAUCUACAAAGUUACAGUGGUGAUAGGAAGGCUGCAGGUUCUCGCAAACCUCAUUUCUCUGCAUUGGAAGAUGGAUCUGCUGGAAUGUCCGACGUUGAGGCACGUUACCGUGGUAUGUAUGAAGAAAAGAUGAACCCAUUCGUGCAGUUCAACAAGAUGGAAAACCAGCAGCGUUUUACGAAUCUCAAUUCUGUGGACAAGAUUUUGCUGACGAGUGCCAAAGUAUUGCUGGGUCACCGAAUCACUCGUAACAUGGCGUUCGGCUAUAUCCUGAUGCUCCACUUUCUCGUCAUGGCUACUCUCUAUUCCUUUAUGCAUGUCUGCGGGGUCACUAACGACUCGUGA